AUCAGUAUGUUUGUUUGAUAGUUAUGGAAAGGGAAUUUACUGUAGUUACAACACAUAAAAGAACUGGUAACAUUACUGGGAUUUGUUGUGAAGUUUAGUCAAACUAUUAUGUCUUAUGUCUGUUUUUGCAAAAAGUUAUUUUUUAAAUAUUUGGCCAUUCGUUGUGAUUUGUUUCUCAAACUGCUUCUGCAAUUAGGUAUUUUCUGGUAAACUAUUUACAGGCUUAUCUAUGAACAUUUGCUAUCUGUUUCUGAUCAUUUAUGUCACAUGGUUUGGUUUUGUUCCUUGCUAGAAUUACUAGAACCUUAAAAUAGGAAUUUCUUUCCUACCAUUUUAUGUCCACAAGUUAUACCUGAACAUUAUAUACCAAAUCCAUUGUAAGAGAAAGGAAAGGAGCUUUUCAAAAUAACUGCUAAAGCUUUGGGGGCGGGGUUUAUUUUUGUUUUUUACAGUCAGUACUCUUGCAAAUAUUUAUAGUAAUAUUGCCAAUGUUUUUGCUUUUCUAUCAUCAUUCUUGUUAGCAUCUCAGUUGUCCUGUAUUCCCAGUCAAAUGAUGAGAUGCAUGAACUAAUGUGCUUUAUCUGGGUGAAUACUCACCGUGCCUUUUUUUUUACUGGAUUUUCCUAAUUAUUCUAAACAGUUUAGUUAAACAUACAUGGGAAUAUUCUCCUUUCUGGUCCACAUAAUAUCAUUUUCCAUUGCUUAUUUCUCACUUUCUAUGCUACUUAUAUCGGUGAAGUCAUCGAAAAGAACAUUGCAACUGGAAUCAGAACACGAAUUGCUACCCUAUGCAAAGUGUGCUUUGUUUUCUACCAGAAUUCUUUUAAUUUUAAUUAAACUAUCCUAUCUAGGAAGGGGCGCAUAGUGAAGAGCUGCCACUAAAAUUGUUACCACUACCAUGGAAAACAAACAAAAAACACUGGAAGUUUACCCAGUGAAGCUGUAGAAAUUUCUGCAUCAAACUAUUAAUUGUAGGUUACACAAACAUUUGUCUCAGAUGAUUUAGACCCGGGGCAGCUAAACUGCAGCACUGAUACCACAGGUGGCACAUGUAUAGCAUGUAGCACAUCAGUGAGGGGACAGGCAACACAACAUCAGAUAGGACAGGAAGUGGAAAGAUCAGAUCAGGCAGGGAGCACAGGGUAGGAAACAGAAAGAGGAAGCAGAUUAGUCAGAGGAAGAGGAUCAGUGUGGCAGUCGGGGAGGAUACAGGCUAAUGUGUGGCACACCUGCUAAAAAGGUACCCCCCCUCCAGUACAGACAGUGAUGGAGUAGAUAAGCUCCAGAUGUCCCUUCCAUCCUUAUUUUUCUACCUUUUUAUGAUUUCUGGAUUCCAUUAUAUUACAAGGGUCAAAUUCUUACUUGAUUUUUACCCAGUGGAGUUGAAAGGGUAUGCUACAAGGAUUACAAGGAUUAAAAGGGUCACAGGGUCCUCCGGGAAAGAUGGGUCCUGCUGGUCCAGAAGGAGCAAAGGGUUCACAAGGAGAAAAGGGUUCAAAAGGAGAUGUUGGAGGUAGAGGAUUGCAAGGAGUCCCAGGUUUGAAGGGUGACAGGGGAGCUGGAGGUCCUGCGGGGCCAAAAGGGGAUAAAGGUUUAUCAGGUGAAAAAGGAGCAAAGGGAGAAAUAGGACUGCCAGGAACCGCAGGUCAGCAAGGUCUGCCAGGAAAUCCUGGUUCCCCUGGGCCAAAAGGGGACAAAGGUCCAGUCGGUGAAAAGGGAGGAAAGGGAGACAAAGGAGACAGAGGGUUACAAGGAGCUACAGGUUCACAGGGUCCCACAGGUAGAACUGGGUCUUCUGGGCCAAAGGGAGAUAAAGGCUCACAAGGUGAAAAAGGAACAAAGGGAGACAGUGGACUCUCUGAAAUCAACCUCUUAAAAACACAAGUGCGCACUUUGGAAAGGAAGCUGGACACACUGCAAAACAGCUUCUCCAAAUACAAGAAAGUUAUAAUGUUCCCAAAUGGCAGAAUUGUGGGUGAAAAGGUAUUCAUGACCAAUGGCUAUGAAAGCAAUUUUGAAAAUCUGAAACAAAGGUGUUCUCAAGCUGGGGGCCAGCUUGCUUCCCCUCGGAAUUCAGCAGAAAAUGCUGCCAUCCAACAAAUUGUUGCUAUGCACAAUAAAGCAGCAUUUCUUGGGAUAAAUGAUAUACAGACAGAGAGGCAGUUCCAGUACCUAAAUGGACAAGCCAUUACUUACUCCAACUGGCUACCUGGAGAACCAAAUAAUGAUAAAGGCAUUGAGGAUUGUGUGGAAGUCUUUGCACAUGGCAAGUGGAAUGACAAAAGCUGUAAAGAGACUCGGUUAAUCAUUUGUGAGUUUUAAACCUACUGCAUGCACGCAACUUGCCCUCAUCAGCUGCAAGAGGCCAGCUGUAUGCCACAUGUUCAUGCUUGACAACGUUUUGCUUUCCUAUUUCUUAUCUGAAUUGCUUUGAUACCUGUCUCAGGCUUCAGUUUUGGUAGGUGCUGUCCAAAUGUAAAAGAAAACAUGCUACCACAGACCUUAAAUUUGUUUAUGAAGUUUGUGCUUCUCUACCUAAAAGCAUUGAUGGACCUGAGCCUUCCCUAAACAUUGUUCAGUUCUUUUGUGGAAAGACAACUAAAGAGGUUUUUUUAUGAAUUCAGAAGGUUGAACUUGAACCUUGCAGCAAAGACCACUUCAGGUUGAUCCACCUGUCAAUGGUGACCUGUUUGUCUGGGUAGAGGAAACACAAGGGGCCAGACAUAAUGCUAGCUGUAUCACUUCCUAAUGUGGUCUUUAUCACAGAAACCGGUGUGUCUUCACCACAGUUGUUUGAUGGUCCAUAUUAAGACAAUUUACAAAUAUUCAUUAUUUGAAUGUUUUGUAAUAAAAGGGAUUCAUUUAGAAGAGCAAGAACAGUUUAUUACUAAUACUGCCUAAUUUUCUUCUUAUGGCAGUUUACAGUUUACAGUUUAUGAAUUAGAAAUAUGCAUUAAAAUAUUUAAUUAAAAUGUAAAAUAUGGUUAUUUGAGAUCUCCUUAGAACGAAAGUAGACUCAGCAAGAUAAUUUUCAGUUAUCCACAUUAAAGAGUCCAAAGAGAAAUAAAAUCUUUGAAAUGAAAUUGCUUCACUUCAUCUCCUUUGCAAUCCUGGGAGAGAUGCAAACCUGUUUAUAUAGCUGGUCCAAAUAACUGGUUAGCAACUCUGGGAUACCACACAGUGAUCUCACAUGAUAUCAACUUGUUUCAGGGUUAAUUGAAGGGUAGUUGCUCUCUUGUUUCUCUUGGGCACUUUCCAAAUGCUUCACAGAUUUCCAUUCUCUAUAAGUUGUUCAGUCACUGUCCAGUAGACUGCAUUAUGUAAUAAAUAGUUUUGU